CGAAAACGUACAGUCCAUACGAGACGCCCUCACAGGCAGUCACAUUCUUGCUCUCUCUCUCAUUCGCAUAGUUCCCCUUCCGCAACAACACUCGUGAAGUCCGUCAUGUUUCGUCCUUUAUUCGCGACGCCCUUCAAAAAGCCGUUGGGAGCUUUCCUACGACCUCCCAGUGUUCCAAGGACCGUUUACGCCGACUCGUCCCGUCGACCGCUCCGCGCGAGACUCUUUUGUUUCGAAGCUCCAUCAAUCCGCGUGUAUUCCCACUGGAAUCGUCCCGUCCGUGCAUCUUCCAAUACCUACACACGUACUGCGGUAUCUACCCGAGUCAACACCCGGUCUGGGACGCUGUACGGCUCCCCAGUGCUUCAGCGACUCGGCCCGUUCCACAACGGACUAUCUCCACAUCUCGGAGCCGUGGCACACUUUUCCUCCUUCUUCGGUGGUGGCAAGCGUCCACCAUCCAACAAUCGCAUCGCACAAGGCGCUGGAAUGCUCGGUGCCGCCUCGGUUCUCUUUGGAAAAACCAAAUACGUUCUGGCCGCGCUCAAACUCACCAAGUUGGCCUCGCUCGGCAGUAUGGUGGUCACGAUUGGUACCUACAGUAUGUUCUUUGGGUUACCCUACGCCGCCGGCAUGGUCGGACUCAUUACGGUGCACGAGUGCGGACACGCCCUCGUCAUGCUGCAACGCGGCAUUCCCUUUUCUCCCAUGGUCUUUAUGCCCUUUAUGGGCGCCGUGAUUGCCAUGAACCGCUUGCCCCGGGACGCGUGGGAAGACGCACUGGUGGCCUUUGGCGGACCCGUCCUGGGUUCCGUCGGAGCCGGAGUCGUGGCGGUCGGAGCCCACGCCACCGACUCGCAACUCCUAUUCGCCCUGGCCGAUUUCGGUUUCAUGAUCAAUCUCUUUAAUCUCAUGCCGAUUGGCUCACUGGACGGGGGUCGUAUUGCUGGAGCCUUGUCGCCCUACGCCGGUGUGGCGGGCUUGGGACUCGGCGGCCUGAUGGUUUACACCGGGUCGGUGCAAAAUCCUAUUUUUUAUCUCGUUCUACUCGCCGGAGGCUACGAAACCUUUAUGCGCUUUUACGAUCCCACCCGUAUGCCACCAAAUUACUACAAGAUUUCAUCGACCCAGCGAGCCGUACUGACGGGGGGAUACUUUGGUCUCGUUGCGGCCCUGAUUGUGGCCAUGGACGCCAACCAACGCUUCCGCAAGUCUCCGGAAGUAUUGAUGCGCGAAAAGGAAAUGUCCUGGGAUCACCGGUACUGA